UUAGGAGGGAGGGGAUGGAGGGGCUACUAACAACCCCAUCGCCACUCUGCUCGGGGGUUCUAGCAGUAGUUUUUAGUCGUAGCAGGGUAAUGUCAACACUCGAUUUCUGGUUUUCGCGAUUAGGGCGUUGGGUGAAAGUGCUGCUGCUGCUACUGCUGUUUCGCUUUUGGAGCAUUCGGACUCACAGCGAGAGUUUUUCUGGGUCAGGAUCACAUUUGUCUCGGGCAGAACGUAGGGGGGAGAGUUGUGGCGAGGGUGAGGUAGCGCGCCGGGCGGCCGAUGGAACGUGAAGUGGGUUGGUUGAAGAGAGCACCGAGUGAGCUAUCCGUGUAGCUAGCGAGGAGGAGGAGGAGGCGGAGGAAGAAGAAGAAGAAGAAGAAGAAGAAGAGCUGAGGCUAUUCGGGGUUUUGCCGUUGGAUGGAAAUUUGGCCCGUGAGCGAGAGCGUGGUGUUGUUUUAUGACAGGGAAGGGGUUGGAUGUUGGAGUGGAAUUUGGUAGACUGCGACUGGAAUUCGUGGCUUGAUCGUCUUAAUUUGUGGAGUAGGACGGGGAUGAGAGAUGUUAUUGGGGUGAGAAUCGAGAGAAGAGGAGGGUAUCAGUGGGGUUAAGGGGUGGAAUUUUACAUAGCAUGAGAAAUUGGGUGCGUAGUGCGGAAGGCGGAGGGCGUAUCAGCUGACGGGAUCAAACCGAUGACGACGGGGAAGGUGGAUGGUGUGGGAGGGACGGCGUCUAGUGUGAGAAUAUGGCGUGACCGGGUGGGGUUGGUGGCCAUGCUUACGGAUCCUUGUGAGUUUGGUGUUGCUGAACCCGUCUCGGAUGCCUGUGAAAACGCAGGCCUCACUGUCAACAACCUAGAAACUCGGAAGCGCAAAACUUUACCAAGUGGUGAAACAGACGUUACUAUAAAGCAUGAUCCAAACAAGCGGAACAGGCACGAAUUUACGGAGUAUAAUGUGGAUUCAUCCAACUGCAAUUCGGACUUUGUGAAGCCUCACGCUACGCCGAGUCACUGUGUUGUAUCAUCUUGUCCAAGCCAACGCGGUUUAGAACGCGGUACUUCUGCAGCGGCGUUGGGGGCUACAGUAUUAGACACCAGCAAUUGGAGUACAGAUAACUACACUGCCGGCGAUGAUGAGGAUAGCAGGGGUGCCACUAGCACUUUCAACUCCAGUGAAGAAGGUUGUAGUGAGCAAAACCUCCAGUGCCAUGACUUUUUUGGCCUUGCCAAACGGGACAAGUCUUCGUCAGAUAAAUCUAGGAAGCAAAGGGACGACUUGUGGACCGGAGGCAGCAACCUACUGCAAAUACAACUUGGUUCCUACAUCCAGAAAGAGAGGCAAAAGCUGGAGUCCGAGUAUGAGGAGGGGAGUUGUGACUUGAGUGAGCACGUACUCUCUGCCUAUUUACGUGGUUAUACAAAUAUGGAGCCCGUUACAGGAAUGCAUAAUGGACGAUCAACAAGAAGUAGUGGCUUGUUGUCUGGUAUCUCAGGAGCCAGUAGGUCAUUCGCCGGGAGUAGUCAGAUUCGAUCUUACGGAGCAGUAUUACAUUCUAGCGAUUCGAGCUCAAUGCCCUUGCCAUCUGUUAGGAACAAGAGAGUGGAUAAUUGCGAUUUCCUCAAGAAUGGAGAAGAAGGCUCAAAAAACUUAGAGAGUAUUGUGGCUAGUGAAUCCGAAGAGCGACUUUAUUCACUCGACACCAGACGAGAGCUUGGGCGCUCAUCGUUUUCGUCGUAUCGAUUGGAGAAAGAGGCGCACAAGUUGCGGAGUAAAGAACUGCAGCAUACGUUUGUGCUUUCAUCAGGCCGACAAAGCCAAGUUGAAGCUGUGCAAGAUGAUGCAGUAGCACCCACGAUAGAUCGAGACUUCGAUGAAUACUUCGCCAAGCUUAUGCUCUAAAUCUGUGGCUCCUCCCCAGCGCUCCUGGAUCUUGUAAUCCAAGGUCCCAUUCCCUGCAGUCCGAACCUGGUGGAAUCUGGAUAUUAUCUCGUUUUUUUCCUUGUAUGUAUUUAUUUCCCUUUUUGUGUGCGCACGCCAGAGCCUAUUCUGGAAUAAGGAGUAUAGAAAGGGCUACCCAAUGGGUCAUUAGCUAGGUAUGCAUAGCACUAACUAUUAGGGUCACGCGUUUUUAGCCCAAUCCAUUCAACAUCACACUCUGCAGUCAAAUUUUGCACAGAAAUCGGCCUCAGUCUUGAUACUGAUGUGGGCCAGCACUCUCUUGUUUUAUGGUGACUCGGUAAACAGCAGGACUGAUCGUAUUUUACUUUGGAGAGCCAAGUUUGUAGCAGCGGGCCUUCUUUUUUUACUUCGUCUCUCGGAGAAACUGCCUUGUUUUCAUAGUCAGGGUACAUAACACGGCAAUAGAAUGCCUUGUUUUAUGGGUUGUUUAUGGAACCAACCGCAUUGCGGUUGGUUGCAAUACUUCACAACUCUUAAAUCGCCUCUUAUCUUGUACCUGAAUUUGUAAAUGCACACUAUGUGAAUCAAUUCUUUGA